UGCUGCUGCUGCUGGGCUCCCUGGGCUUGGCUUCUGCAGAGCUCUAGCAAGGAAAGAAGGAAGGGAAAGAAAGGGGGAAGAGAAAGGCACCCAGUUGCUUUGCCUUGCCAUCUCCAAACCAGCAAGCCUUUCUGCAAGCUUUGCAGCAGCCUUGCGCCUGCGCAUUGGGAGCAGCCAGCCAGGUUUUGGGAGAGAGAGAGCUGCCUUGAGAGGAAGAGGAGGAGGAGGAGGAGGAAGGCUGUCCCUUGGGUUUGGCGGCUGGCUUUGUAGGAAGGGAGGCAGAGGGGCUGGGAGGCUGCCCUCUCCUCCUCCUCCUCCUCCUCCUCCUCCUCUCCGGUGGCACAAAAUGGACUGACUGAAGGAGGAGAGCCAGCCGCAUCCUUGGCUUGUGGGCUGGGGAUGGAGACAGCUCUUUUGGUCCCUCCUCCCCUCGUUGGCUCUUGAGGAGGGCAUCCUUCAGCUGCUGCGCCCUCUAAGCCUCCUCCUCCCUCGCCGUGUGCCCUUUUGGAGGCCCUCUGGAGAGAUGCUGCUGAGGAGGAGGCGGAGGAGAGCAAGAGUGCCUGGGCGAGCCUGACUCCUCAUGGACACCGAGCCUUGGCUCCUGGGCGAGGAAGAAGAAGGAGAGGAGGAGGCUUCCCAGGCGGCGCCUAGGACUCGGGCAGCUCUGGCUCCUGGUUUUGGCGGGAGGCUGCUGGGCUAAGGGCCUCCUCCUCCUCCCCCUCCUGCUCCAGGGCGGCUGAGGCUGAGCCAGGCCGAGGAGGGAGCGGGCUCAUCCUGACAGCAUCCUCCUCCUCCUCCUCCUCCUGCUGCUGCUGCUGGUUCUUAUUGUUCUUCUUGGGGCAGGGAGCCUUGGGAUUGCCUUGCCCUUCUUCCUUGGGAAGAGUCUCUCUCUCUGGGCAACUGUUGCUCUUUGGGGGCUGCUGGGGCCAGGGAGGGGCUGCGCUUCCUUGGCAAGGGCGACUGUUUAGGGAGAGAGAGGGACUUGGGGCCAAGGACUCUGCAUUUCAUGGCCAUCAUUGGAGAAGAGGGGGGUUAGGGAGAGUCUGAGGUAUGUAUUGAAUUGGACAUUCUUCUUUGGAAGGGGGGGGGCUGCCUCUCAUCGGCCAUUGUUAUUCUUACUGUUAUUAUUUGGGGAGGGCUUUGUGGCCCCCAGGGAGGAGAGCCUGCCUCUCCUUGCCAGUGGGGCUUCUUCCUCCCAUUUGGGCAGGGAGCCUUGCCUGCCCUCGGGAAGCGUCCAGAUCCGGGGGUUGUCGGUGUGGCCCUUGGGGAGCCCUCGCCCUCAUGGCCAGCCCCCGGAGGACCCUGGAGCUGGAGCACUUCGAGGAGAGGGACAAAAGGAGGCAACACCAGCACCGCUCCGGAGCCCGUCGAGGAGGAGGAGGCGGUGGAGGGAGCUCGACUUGCAGCAGCAGCUCGGGCCCGAAGGGGAACGGGCUGAUUCCCAGCCCCGCGCACAGCGCCCACUGCAGCUUCUACCGCACCCGCACCCUCCAGGCCCUGAGCUCGGAGAAGAAGGCCAGGAAGGCCCGCUUCUACCGCAACGGGGACAAGUACUUCAAGGGCCUGGUCUACCCCAUCUCCAGCGACAGGUUCCGCUCUUUCGACGCCCUGCUCAUCGAGCUCACCCGCUCCCUCGCCGACAACGUCCACCUGCCCCAAGGCGUCCGGGCCAUCUACACCCUCGACGGCGCCCGGAGGCUGGCCAGCCUCGACGAACUCGUGGACGGUGAAAGCUAUGUAUGUGCAUCGAAUGAACCAUUUCGGAAAGUUGAUUACACUAAGAAUGUUAACCCAAAUUGGUCUGUCAACAUAAAAUCUGGGUCAUCCCGUUCUCUUACAUCUUUGACAUCUUCAAGAAGUGAAUUGAAGGAGAGCAAGGACUUCAUUAAACCCAAACUGGUAACCGUUAUACGAAGUGGAGUGAAACCACGGAAAGCUGUGAGAAUAUUGCUGAAUAAAAAGACUGCUCAUUCCUUUGACCAAGUAUUGACUGAUAUAACAGACGCUAUUAAGUUAGAUUCAGGAGUAGUGAAGAGAAUUUGUACACUGGAUGGAAAACAGGUUACCUGCUUGCAAGAUUUUUUUGGUGAUGAUGAUGUUUUCAUUGCCUGUGGACCUGAGAAAUACCGUUAUGCUCAAGAUGAUUUUGUACUGGACCAUAGUGAAUGUCGUGUUAUGAAAUCAUCUUAUUCCCGUUCAUCUGGAUUGCAAAGAUAUUCUGGAUCAAAAAGUCCUGGACCUUCACGUCGAAGCAAGUCACCUGCUUCAGUAAAGAGGAGUGGCCACUACUCCAGUGCUUACUCUUCAGCAAAAUCCCCAGUCAAUGGAAACACAAGCAGCCAGAUUUCUACUCCUAAAUCAACAAAAUCUUCUAGCUCCUCUCCAACAAGCCCAGGAAGCUUUCGGGGCCUCAAGAUUCCUCCACAUUGUGGAUCUUCUUCCAAUGUGAAUGGUGUGCCUGAACUAUCUCCUUGCUUGAGUCCUGAAGGUGUGAAUGGAAACAAAUGCUCAGGGUCAUCAACUAUUCUUGAAAAAUACAAAGUGGGGAAGGUGAUUGGAGAUGGUAAUUUUGCUGUAGUAAAGGAAUGCAUAGAACGAUCCACUGGAAAGGAGUUUGCAUUAAAGAUUAUAGACAAAGGAAAAUGUUGUGGAAAGGAGCACUUGAUUGAAAACGAAGUCUCGAUAUUGCGUAGAGUGAAACAUCCCAAUAUUAUCAUGCUUAUAGAGGAAAUGGAUACUGCAACUGAGCUCUGUCUGGUGAUGGAACUGGUCAAGGGAGGAGACCUUUUUGAUGCUAUCACUUCUUCAACAAAAUACACAGAGCGUGAUGGAAGUGCAAUGGUCUACAAUCUAGCUAGUGCACUGAAAUAUCUCCAUGGUCUCAGUAUUGUCCAUAGAGAUAUCAAGCCAGAGAACCUCCUGGUCUGUGAGUAUCCAGAUGGGACAAAGUCCUUGAAGUUAGGAGACUUUGGUCUAGCCACUGUGGUUGAAGGGCCUCUCUAUACAGUUUGUGGUACACCAACUUAUGUGGCUCCUGAAAUCAUUGCAGAGACAGGCUAUGGCUUAAAGGUGGACAUUUGGGCUGCUGGAGUCAUUACGUACAUAUUGUUAUGUGGAUUUCCACCAUUUCGUAGUGAGAACAAUGUCCAAGAAGAUCUUUUUGAUCAGAUCCUGGUUGGAAAGCUAGAAUUUCCUUCUCCAUACUGGGAUAACAUCACUGAUUCUGCUAAGGAGUUAAUUAGUCUGAUGUUACAAGUAAAUGUGGAAGCACGAUAUACUGCAGCUCAGAUUCUAAACCACCCCUGGGUAUCGGAUGAUGCCUCCCAGGAAAAUAAUAUGCAAGCUGAAGUAACAGGUAAAUUAAAGCAGCACUUUAACAACACACUACCCAAACAGAAUAACCCAACUGCAGGGGUUUCUGUCAUCAUGUGCACAGCUCUAGAUAAAGAAAGACAAAUCUUCUGCAAGAAGCGCUGUCAACUCUCUGGUCAAGCUGCUGUGAACCAAACCACCAUGACAAAUGCUGCAGCUCAUGAACCUCCUACGGUUGGUCUCAAAACAUUGUUUCCUGCUGCUUCUGAGCCACUCAAACUCUCUACACACCCUGUCUCAGCAUGUCAUGAUGGUAGUGCAGGACUCAUUUAAGACAAGUUCCAUGGAAAUACACUUCUAGGUCAGAAAACUACUACUACUGUUCUGUUGUAUUCACUACUGUAGUUUGUUCACAUUCUGUUUGAAAAGGAUGAAGUUGGUAUAUACAGUAGUUUUUAGUGGUCUGGAGAUUACAUUUGGAAGUUCUUACCUUUUAGAAAUUUUUAGUGUUAAAUAUAAUUAAAACAACAUUGGAAUUUGAAUGGAAUCAUCUAUUCUAGUGGUAAUCAUAUCUUGAUAUACUGCACUCUUCGCAUAGGAAGAAACAUUUGAAAAAGGCUUUACCCAGUAAUCUCUGGCGUUCACAGAAAGUUCCGGAGAAAUAAAUUGGGAAGCUCUGAGUAUUACUUUAUGCAAUUUUAAAGUUCUGUUCUGGAAAUUACUCUAAAUAGCCAAACCUGGUCUCAGUGGACAAUCUGUACAAUAUUGAAAGGCAAGUUGUAUGAGUGAGAUUACAUGUGUGAAGGUAUUUGGGGGGCUUGAUAUCUAAAAUGAACCUGAACACAUGGAAUUGAAUACAAAAGUAACAUAAUCAGAGGGGAAAUCAUUUUUUACUCGUUUCUCCUUUUUGUUACGAAGACUUAGAGCCCUUUCAGCCAUUGUUGUUCUGCACAUACUGUACUGGUUCCAGACCCCAUUCCCAGAUAUUAACGGUUACAAACAACAACUUGUCUUGGAAUAAAGAGCUUGCCGCAUGUUGCAUUUCCUAAAAUGGAGCAGUAUAUUUAGAGCAAGCUAAACUAAAGCAAUGAACUUCUGGUCACCAACACUGAAUGCUUUUCCAUCUUGUUUUUUUUAAUUAGACCACUCUUUUUUAUAACUACAAAAUAAAAUUGAAAUACAGUAUUUGAGGAAAUGUUAUGCUAAAAUGCGCAAUCAAGGAUAGAUGGGAUUGUAUCUUACUUUAUGCUUGUUUCAGUAUUGUAUGUAAUCUGCUUGUUUCCUUUUGUUCCUUUUUAACAAUUCUCAAUCAUUUUCUAUUAGUCUUUAUUUUACAUUAGAACUAUAAGAUCUGCAAUAAACAUUCUUCUUGAAAAGA